AUGCUGGGCUCCAUGAUGGUGCUGGUCCUCCGCGCGAUGCGGUGCCUGUACAAGCUGUCCUACGACACGGAGCUGGCCCUCUUCCUCCGCCUGCACGUCAAGCUCACCGCGCUGCUGUCCCCGAUGCCGAUGGUGUCGCUGUCGCUCUACUGCAUGACCUCCGCCACGUUCCUGGAGCCGCCCUUGGCCGUGUUCCCCGUGGCGAUGCCGCGCCUGAAGCGCUUCGCAAUGGUGCUGGACCGCUUCCCCAACAAGUUCUUCUUCACGGAGCUGGGCCUCUUCCUCGGUGUGGCGCUGGCGCUCCUGAACCUGCUCUGCAUGCCACGGCCGCCGGUGCUGUCCGUCCUCGAGACGCUGGUGAUGUUCCCGAUGCUCGUCAGCCCUUCGUGCAUGCCGCUGCCGCUGGUGACGCUCAUAUUCGUGAUGUGCCUGCUCCGCGUGCCGCUGCAGCUGGUGGCGCCCGACUUCGUGCUGCUGGCGAUGCCCUCGCUGCUCUCCGUCCCCUUGUCCGCGAAUGGCAUCGAGCCGCACGGCGCAGGACGCUACUCCUGA